AUUGGGCAGAUAAACUAAGAGCAAGGUGGAGAUCCCCAUCCCAUCCAUGGUCCAAGUAUCUAGUCCAACAUCCACGAUCCCCAUCAUCGCAUGUCAUUCUCGACAUACCGUUCUCAGUUAGACUGACUCUGGGAGUUCGUUGUACCUGCCUUUUGAAUUUCUAUGGGGUGCGGUGUGUACGUCAGCUCUUUAUCCAUCCAUCUUGUCCCAAAUUCGGAAUGAGAAACCAGAGAGCCCCUACGCACCCCAGGGGCCCAGGUAAGGAAGAGGAGCGAGCCACAACCACCCUCCACCACCUUCCACUCCACACCAUGCCGCCCAGCCAGCGACCACCUCACUUUUACACAGCCACAGCCACAGCCAACCCCCCCACCUCCCCACCAAGUACCCAUACCCAGUAUACUAUUCUUCUACGGCACUCUAACCGCCCCGGUUCAGGUAAAAAGAAUCCUCGACCUGCCAGAGGAGAGCCUCAACUUCGGAAGGCGGAGGUAUUUGGUUAUACCAUUGCGAAAUGGGGCGAUUAUCCCGCCCUGAUCAAUGGGAAACAGGGAGAUGUGGUGACGGGAUCUGCCUAUCUCGUGCGAUCCGAAGAAGAGGCGCGGAAGCUAGCGGAUUAUGAGACGAAUGCGUAUGAGGUUGUGGAUUGCUGGAUUUAUUUUAAAGAUGGGAGGAGG